GUGUUCCCAACCGGCGCGAGUGGGGAGCUGUCCAGCAAGCGAUUUGAAGUAGUCUUCUUGCCCGGCAAGUGCGGUCUCUUGUCUGUCCAGGAAUGAGAAGUGAUGGCCGGCUCUGCAACUGAGGAGAAAACCUUCCGAAGGUUCUUGGAGCUCUUCCUCCGAGAGAUGAGACCACCACUCCAGGAGAAUGACCCUGUCCCAAUGCGCCCUUUGUCUGACCUCACCUCGGAGGACGAAGUUGAAGGGGAAUGCCUCGAUAUGUGUCUUCAGCACUUGUGCAAAUAUAACUGCCCCUUCUCCCUGGCGGCUGCCCUGGCGCGGGCUACGGCAGACUGUGUUCUGCAGAGUGACCUCUCCAUCUACCACAUCCAGAAGACCGUCGAGGAUGGAGUAGACCCUUUCCCCCAGAUUGAGUCGGUGGCCUUUGCCCGGCUCAUCUUCAAUAAGUUGUGUGAAACAUGCUGCCUGUGGCUGAAAGACUUCCCUUACCGCCGCCGCCCUCAGCCCUACUACGAGACCUCCAUCCACGCCAUCAAAAACAUGCGCCGCAAGAUGGAGGACAAACACAUCGUCAUUCCCGACUUCAACACCCUCUUCAACAUACAGGACCAGGAGGAGCAGGCCUUCUUCGCCGUGUUCGAUGGCCAUGGGGGCGUGGACGCCGCCAUCUACGCCGCCAACCACCUUCACGUCAAUAUGGUGCACCAGGAGUGCUUCAGCCAAGAUCCGGGGGAGGCCCUGUGUCGCGCCUUCAGAGUCACCGAUGAACGCUUCAUCCGUAAAGCUAAGAUGGAGAACCUGCGCUGCGGCACCACGGGGGUGGUGACCUUUCUAAGGGGACGGACCCUGUAUGUGGCCUGGCUAGGGGACUCUCAGGUCAUGCUGGUCAAGAAAGGCCAGGCCGUGGAACUGAUGAAACCUCACAAGCCUGACAGAGAGGAUGAGAAGCAGCGUAUUGAGGCUCUGGGAGGCUGUGUCAUCUGGUUCGGAACGUGGAGGGUUAAUGGCAGCCUGUCCGUAUCCAGAGCCAUAGGUGACAAUGAGCACAAGCCCUACAUCUCUGGCGUUGCUGACCAACACAUCGUCCCAUUGGAUGGCACGGAGGACUACCUGAUCCUGGCCUGCGACGGCUUCUACGACACAGUCAGCCCCGAAGAGGCGGUGCGUGUGGUCAGCGACCACCUGACGGAGAACAGCGGCGACAGCACCAUGGUGGCCCACAAGCUGGUGGCCUCGGCCCGUGACGCCGGCUCUAGCGACAACAUCUCAGUCAUUGUGGUCUUCCUCAGAGACCUCCGCGCGCCCCCGCCGGGAGAGGAGGACGAAGAGGGGGAGGAGGGAAAGGAUGAGGAAGUGGCGGAGGUGGAGGAAGAAGGUCAAGGGGAGAUGGGCUGCCAGGACGGGAGCACCACGGACGUUGGGGGGAAGGGUCAUUGUUUCCUGCAGCAGUGCUCGGCUCCAGCCGACCUGGGCUAUGAAGACCGCACAGACUCGUUGACAGACAGAACCAGCCUAGGCCUGCUGGGGCCCAUGCUGGGAGAGGAUGGUCGAAUCAGGCUCCCCCCUGCCUGCUCACACCCUACCCCCUCCUUAGCCCUCACCCAGAAUCUCAUGCCUACCGAGGGCCAUGGGGCGGCCUGGUUGCCCUGCCUAGAGGAGGGGCUCCAGGGCUCCAGGCACAAGUCCCAGCCUAAACCCUGUGUCCCCGCCUGCCAGGAACCCAGCUCAGACGGACAAUGGACCCUGGCGGCCUCCCUGUUUGGCCACGCGGGGAGGCGCACCCGGAGGAUGGAGUGCGUGAGCCCCAGGUGGGGGUGGGUGUCCCGGCGUUGGGGCCGUGCCCCCAGGGAGCUCCCUGGCCUGCUGCACUCCACCUGUAGUGUGCCCUACCCCCAGCGCUGCCCCGAGAGGAGGCCCGGGGUGGCCCUUCCCCACCUGCCCCACGGCAGCAGAAUCUGAUGAUGUGACCUAAUCUUCACUAGCUCCUCGAUCUCCUGCCCCUUCCUCUAUCUGACUACAGUCAUUAUUUCAUUCAUCCAUCCAUCAUGAGUUCCCCAUCCAGGACACUGGCUCCACACCCAUACCCUCACAGCCCCUUUCAGGAGGCAAUCUACCUACCCCUCCCCAUACCCACACAGCCCCAUUCAGGAGGCAAUUUACCUACCCCUCCCCAUACCCACACAGCCCCAUUCAGGAGGCAAUCUACCUACCCCUCCCGAUACCCUCACAGCCCCAUUCAGGAGACAAUCUACCUACCCCUCCCCAUACUCACACAGCCCCAUUCAGGAGGCAAUAACAAUUCCUGCUCCUGGCCCGUAUUGCAAACACACACUGUACUGUACUUUCCGAUUCAUAAUGGCAAAACACAUUAUCCGCCCACUCUACCUUCAUAGAUGGGAGUACUUAAUACAGGAUUAUAAGUAGUGGUCACUUACCUGAAUAAACCCAACAUAUAUAGACUGAUAUGUAUUCCAGAUGGGAGUACAAUAGAGGAUAAUGGCAUGUAGAAGGGAUAUUAUUAAGAAAUUAUAUUCUAUUUAUAAUUUUGGGGAUGACGUCAUCCAAGAGCAGACAGUCAGUCCUUGCCAUGCCUGUCAAAUUGAGGUAACGUUUACAUAAAACUAAACACGAGAUGUGUUCUCAUUGACAAUAAAUAAUUCCCAACAGACUGGGUGUGAAUAAGUUGCCAGACUUACUUGGCCAAGAUAGUUCAGACGACUCAGCAGAACAUGUGCCUUUCCUAAACAAGAACAAAGUUUAUGGGAAUUUUGAGCCUCAGUCAACAAAACCCUUUCUAAGCUUCCCAAUACAAUAUGGACCCAUGUGUUUCAUAUCACUUACAGGGGCUACUUAACCAACGACUAUCCUGCUUAAAGUUCACUAACAACCUUAGAGCAUAAGAAUGAUGAAUGUCAAAGACUUCAUCUCUGGUUUGACAAAUAUAGUAAAUGAAUCUUAAUCUCACCAUCCUUUCAAAUGUGAAUGUUUAUUUUAUAUUGAAACUCCAUAGAAGAUGCUAUAUACUGUAGCAAUGACUAGGUUCUGUAAAAUGUGCCUCCAUUCUCCUGGCCCAGGCAACCGUUGUUUAAUAUAUAUCAAAGACAGUUCAGUCUUGCUGUUGGAAAAACUCCCAAUCUUUUCACCUUUAAGAAAACAGGAAUUGUUUGUGCCAUUCCUGACAUUUUUAACUCUUACUAAACACAUUGUGCCAUUUCCAUACUUACCCCCCCCCUUCCCUCCCCAAUCCCACUGAGUUCCCAGGAGCAGGAGACAAGGACACAGGGUAUGAGAGGCCAAAUCCCCUCACUGACCCACAGUCACACAGCGAAAUACCCCCAGCCAGUCAGUCAGUUCCCAGUCACUGUCAUUGCUUACUGCUACCCUGAAACACCUAGCCGUUGGUCGCCCGGUGGCCUCCCCACUGAAGAACAUGGUGGUCAUUUACAGAAGGCCAUUUGGACAGUGUCAUCGUGAAAGAUCCCCAGAAAGUAGAAUGUAUUCCAGUUGUCGAAUGUACAUGGAGCUCUCCCGGGACCUUCAUAGAUGGGCCAGUAGGACUUAGACAGUAAUGGGGUUUUUGGACUGUGGAUGUAAGACAACCGUGUCUUGAUGCGGUACACCUGGAGGACACACUAUUCUGGAGGCGUUUGUUCAUCAUGAGAUACUUUAUCAGCUAUCCACCGUAUCCUCGCAAAUCUGAGUAUUCUAUCCUGGUGUUCCACUCUGAGAGAGCAGGAUGUGGAUAAGCACACUGACUCUCAGGCAGAAAGAUGCCCAUGCUUCUGUAUCUUUCCCUUUGCGUAAGCAACACCUGCAUUUUGACUCUUGGAACAGUGGACCACACAAAUUGACAUUUUCUGACCAGUUAUGAAAGACAACGAGAAAGUCGAAUAUGUAAGGGUAUUUAUCAAAUGCCCCGAGUCCCCCCAACUUCCUCCCCAGUCCCACCACCACCCACAUCAACUGCUUUUUCAAAGCUUUCUGCUUCUUUUUGAGAGCAAAAAAAACGCACAUCUUUCACAUCUUAAAUGUUCCUCGGAUGGGGCACCAAUUGCUUAUUGGAAUUUAUCGUAAUUUCACAUAUUAUGUACAUGUAGGUAUGAAUGUGUGAAGGCGUACGUGUGGGUGUGUAUACGUGUUGAGGGUAUUCAUGUGGUCUGUCUUGUAAGUCUACUAUUUAAAAUCAACACUGUAAAGUCAGCAGGAUGGUGGAACAAUAUUCUGUGUUGAUAUCAAGCUUCACAGCCCCCAGCCCCCAGUACUUUUCAUGUGACACCUUUGGAAGUAGAGUUGUGUACUUUAGCAGUGCUUGAGUGACAAGGGAACAUGGGAAUUCAAAUGCUGGGCCACAUUUCCACUAAAAUGUCAAAAUGGUCCCCCACCUCACAGUCCUCUAACUCUGCAGUCUUUCAUAAGACGCUGAAUCUUCAAGCCAUAAACAGAAAAGUGUAUGCUAUAAUUCCCCAGCUAAACCUGCUUGAUCACAUAUCCCAUAGUUCCUCUCUCUCUCAUCCACUUCUGCGGUAUGAGUCUUCCCUUCUACCCCCCCAUGUCUAUAUGACCCUUCCCUUUUACCCCCCAUGUCUAUAUGACCCUUCCCUUUUACCCCCAUGUCUAUAUGACCCUUCCCUUUUACCCCCAUGUCUAUAUGACCCUUCUCUUUUACCCCCCAUGCCUAUAUGACCCUUUCCUUUUACCCCCAGGUCUGUAUGACCCUUCUCUUUUACCCCCCCAUGCCUAUAUGCCCCUUCCCUUUACCCCCCCAUGUCUAUAUGACCCUUCUCUUUUACCCCCAUGCCUAUAUGCCCCUUCCCUUUUACCCCCCAUGUCUAUAUGACCCUUCCCUUUUACCCCCCAUGUCUAUAUGACCCUUCCCUAAAACCCCCAUGUCUAUAUGACUCUUCCCUAAACCCCCCCCAUGUCUAUAUGACCCUUCCCUUUUACCCCCCAUGUCUAUAUGACCCUUCCCUUUUACCCCCAUGCCUAUGACCCUUCCCUUUUACCCCCAUGCCUAUAUGACCCUUCCCUUUUACCCCCCCAUGCCUAUAUGACCCUUCCAUUUUACCCCCCAUGCCUAUGACCCUUCCCUUUUACCCCCCAUGCCUAUAUGACCCUUCCCUUUUACCCCCCAUGCCUAUAUGACCCUUCCCUUUCACCCCCCCAUGCCUAUAUGACCCUUCCCUUUUACCCCCCCAUGCCUAUAUGACCCUUCCCUUUUACCCCCCAUGCCAGUAUGACCCUUUCCUUUUACCCCCCAUGCCGGUAUGACCCUUCCCUUUAACCCCCAUGCCAGUAUGACCCUUGCCUUUUACCCCCCAUGCCAGUAUGACCCUUCCCUUAAAACCCCAUGCCAGUAUGACCCUUCCCAUGCUGAUAGAAACAGACCACGCUGUUCAGGUCUGUUCCCCCCUCUCCCCUUCUUUUUCCUAUGCCACUCCAUUGCUCUCCAUGACUCUGCACUGUGUGUCCAUGUACACAAAAUGCUUUGUUCCUGUAAGCAAUAAUGAAUCUUUACAAGUCGUGCAUGGAAAGGCUUUUGUUCAGAGGGUUUGUCUUCACUGAGCAAGGCGGAGGGAGCUAGAGCCAGAUCAAACUAACCACAGACACCCUCCUAAACUCUUACCAGUGCUCACAUUCACAUUGAUGGGCACACACCACUUUACUUCUGCUCGAUGGUAGAAUGGGACACAACCUAUGAUGUACCCCUUAGAAAGUUGUCGGUGUAUAUAAAAUACUACCACGUUUGGCGGCCACAUUGAAUUAGUCUCAAAGAGAAACACUAGAAAGGGUUUCUAAGCUUGGCCAGCCCCCAUGUCACAGGGUGGUUCAAACUCUGUAUGCCAGGCUUCCCUGAAGACAAACCCAUGACCAGCUCUUCCCCAACCUGCAGGUUAGGUAAACCAGUAAAAAGUUUCAGUAUCUCUAUCUUCUGUGUUGUUCUCGUAGUAUACAAAUGUGUAUCUUAACGGUGACUAUUAUCAUGUAUAAAGAUUAGACCAAG